CCACUUGUUACCUGCGGAAAUGAUCUGGGGUUGGUAGAGCGCGAAACAAUGGUGGGACCAAGAAGGCCACAGUUCGUGUUAUUUGGUUCGUCAAUCGUUCAAGGUAGCUUUGGUAAGCAAGGUUGGGGUGCGAUUCUCGCAGACAUUUACGCUCGAAAGGCAGACAUAUUUGUGCGAGGAUAUGCUGGAUGGAACUCCAGGAAAGCUGUAGAAGUUUUGGAUCAAAUUUUUCCAAAGGAUGAAGCAAUACAACCAUCUUUGGUGAUAGUUUAUUUUGGAGGUAAUGAUUCAGUCCUUCCUCAUCCAAAUGGCUUAAGUUCUCAUGUACCACUUUCUGAGUAUGUUGAAAACAUGAGAAAUAUUGCUAUUCAUCUCAAGAGCCUUUCAGAGAAGACUCGCAUAAUAUUUCUUACUGCUCCUCCUGUGAAUGAGGCUCAAAUUCUACAAGUUUUAGGUGUUGAGGAUCGAAAAAAUGAACAAUGCAAAAAAUAUGCAGAUGCUUGUGUAAAAUUAAGCCAUGAGAUGAAGAUUAAAGCUAUUGAUCUUUGUACUGCAUUUAAGCAACAAGAUGAUUGGUUGACAACUUGUUUUACAGAUGGGAUACAUUUAUCUCCAGAUGGGAGCAAGAUUGUGGCAAAAGAGAUUUUGAAAGUUAUUAUGGAAGCCGACUGGAAACCGAGUUUGGAUUGGGAGUCUUUGCCUGUGGAAUUUGCGUAAUCAUGUCGGUCCUGAUGGCACAUAAUGUGUCAUAAGGACUGACAAUCUGUCAUCAGGACCGACAUACAAUAUGUUUGAUGAAGUUUGAGGUUGUAUGAGAAAAAGGGUUUGUAUAUUGUUGUUGUGUUAUCUUGUUUUAUUUCUUGCGAAAUCUUGUCGGUCCUGAUGACACAUAAUGUGUCAUAAGGACUGACAAUCUGUCAUCAGGACCGACAGACAAUAUGUUUGAUGAAGUUUGAGGUUGUAUGAGAAAAAGGGUUUGUAUA